GUUGACCCUCUUCGCCCAGGAUCCCAAUGCAAUCAAGGCCGCAGUGGAGCGCGAGAUGAUGAACCCCAGCAAGCAGUUCGUGUUCCAGAAAUGGAAUCCCAAGGAGCAAAAACUCGAGAUAGAUCCAGACCGCAACGUUCUAAGCGUGGAACAGAUCCAGCAGCUCCUCCAGGAAUUGGGAACACACUGCAAGGACAACAUCAUCGCAAAAUUCAACUCGGUGCGCAAGAUGAAGCGAGAACCAGAGGAGAACGAAAAAGCCGUAUUCGUGGUAGAAGUUGCCCUGAGAUCCCAGGAAGCACACCGAGCGCAGGAGUUGAUGUCACAGCUAGCCAACUGCACGGUGUGGAACCUUGUGGCAGCGCAAAUGCACCCACCAUCCCUGAAAAGACACGGUCUGGCAGCUGUGCUCCAGAAGGCCUUGGAGGCCGAGUAG